CUCGCGCACCGUCCACCCACACCCGCCUGUCAGCCAUGUUGUUCGUGUGACCCAGCUGUCAGCAACAGGUCCAGUUGACUAAACUAGACAUUCUUCUCGGAAUUACAUCAUUUUGCCAAUACGAAACGACUGCAUAACGCCAGGGAGACUUUCACUGCGGAUAGAAAAGUGGAGAAAGUUUUUUUUUUUUUUUUUGCCCGAUGAUUGUGAGAGAUGACUGCGAGCUAGCCGGCUGAGUCGAAGAACGGGAGUCCCCCCCUGCCCCCUCUGCCACCUGCAGCCAUGAAUGGCGGCCGCAAUGUGUGGGCGAUCUCUCCAGAGGAGAGAGACAAACAUGAUAAACAGUUUGACACCCUCUCUCCCGCCAUGGGCUUUGUCUCAGGGGAGCAGGCCAGGAAAUUCUUCCUGCAGUCGGGUCUUCCCUCCUCAGUGCUGGCAGAGAUAUGGGCCCUGGCUGACAUGAAUAAGGAUGGGAAGAUGGACAGGUUGGAGUUCUCCAUCGCUAUGAAGCUCAUUAAGCUCAAACUUCAGGGCACACCCCUUCCCUCAUCUCUACCAAUCAUCAUGAAGCAGCCGCCAGUGCCCGCCCCUGCCUCAACAGGCGCCAUGUCCUCCUCACGCUAUGGAAUGGGCUCCAUGCCAAACCUGUCAAUGAUGCCUGGAACCAUCGCCAUGCUCACUCCCAUCCCCAUGACCCCUAACCUCUCAACCAUGACCCCUAACCUCUCAACCAUGACCCCUAACCUCUCAACCAUGACCCCUAACCUCUCAACCAUGACCCCUGUGACUGGCCUCACUCCUAUGGUCCCAAUGGCAACAGGCAUGGUCCCCCUGGUUGCCACGUCAACAAUGCCCCUGCUGCCGUCCCUGGGCAGCCCCGCUCUCCCCAAUGGCACUAUGGGUAUCCUACAGCACCUUCCACCAGGACACAUGGGGACAGGCCUGCCUCUCUCUGUGCCCUACGCCUCCUCUCCUCUGGGUUUCUCUCCUGGGAUGAACAAAGCUACGUCACUGCUGGACCUAGGCUCAAGCAGCUCCAACUCUUCAUCCACCACCUCCCUGGCAGGUAGUUCUCCGAAGACGGCGCCUUCUGACUGGGCCGUGCCUCAGGCCUCGCGCCUCAAAUACAGACAGCAGUUCAACAGCCUCGACAAACACAUGACGGGAUACCUCACAGGUCAGCAGGUGAGGAAUGCCAUGGCAACCACUCUGCUCACUCAGACACAGCUGGCCACCAUCUGGACCCUGGCCGAUGUGGAUAAGGAUGGGAAGCUAAGAGGAGAGGAGUUUAUUCUGGCCAUGCAUCUAGUGGACAUGGCCAAGGCAGCCCAACCCUUACCUCUCACACUACCCAUAGAACUAAUACCACCAUCACAGAGGGGUGCUGUGAAUGGGACCAGUUUAUCUCUCUAUGCUGGCAUCACUGAAGAACUGGAGGCUGAGCCACCACAGAAAACCAAAAGCAACUUAUCGUUUGAGGAUAAAUUCAAGGCCAACCUGGAGCGAGGGAACGCGGAGCUGGAGAAAAGACGACAGGCUCUGCAGGACGCACAGAGGAGAGAGGAGGAGAGACGCCAGCAGAAGGAGAGAGAGGAGCGAGAGAGGAGAGAGAGGGAGGCCAGAGAGCAGGAGGAGAGGAGGAGGAAGGAGGAGGAGAGGAGGCUGGAGCGGCAGAGGGAGCUGGAGAGACAGAAAGAGGAGGAGAGGCUGAAGGAGAUGGAGAGAAAAGAGGCGGCGCAGCGUGAGUUGGAGCGCCAGAGGAAGGAGGAGUGGGAGAGGAGGAGGAGAGGAGAGCUGCUGAGCCAGAAGAGUCAGGAGCAGGAGGACAUCGGCAGACUAAAAACCAGGAAGAGGAACCUGGAGAUGGAGCUGGAGGCUGUGGGUAACAAACACAGGCAGAUCUCUGAGCGGCUGCAUGAUGCUCAGAGCAAGAGGACGGUGCAGCGGAGCGAGCUGGAGCGGACCAACCAGAGACGAGACACAAGCAGACUGGACAUCAACUCCCUGCAGAGACAACUAGAGGAGUACCAGAGGAAGCUGUCCCAGCUGACUCCAGAACAGCAGAGGCUCAGUGACAAACUGAGGAACAUGGCCCUCAACAACCUGCCAGUCUCCACCAUGUCCACGCUGAAGCGCAGCGCCAGUGAGAAGGACGGAGUGUGUCGCAAAUUGAAGCAGCAGCUGGAUGCUCUGGAGAACGAGACGGCCGCUAAACUGGCCGACAUGGACCACUACCAGAACGACAUACAGGAUCUGAGAGAGAGCCAGCGGAAGCAGCAGUCGGCUCUGGAUAAACUACGGAGCAUCAAAGAGGACAAACGGAGAGAACUGGAGAGACAGAGGGCGCAGGAGGAGGAGAGGAAGAGGAGGGAGGAGGAGGAGGCCCAAAGGCGCAUUAAGCUGGAGAAGGAGCAUCAGUGGCAGAAGAAGCUGCAGAGAGAGGAGGAGGAGAGACAGAUGAGGUUGCAGGAAGAGAGGGAGGCCAAACUGAGAGUGGAGGAGGAGAAGGAGAUGCAGGCCCGCCUCUUAGCUGCUAAAGAGCAGGCAGAACGAGAACGCAGAGCGGAGGAGAGGAGAGAGCAAGAGAGGAGGAUGCAGGAGGAGAGGAGAAGACUGGAGGAAGAGGAGAGGAAUAUGAGGGAGGAGGAGAGAAGGAAACAGGAGGAGGAGAGGAAGAGAAAGGAUGAGGAGAGGAGAGAGGAAGAAAGGAGGCGGCAGGAGGAGAGGAGGAAGCAAGAAGAGGAGGAUCGGCGCAGAAGAGAGGAAGAGAGGAAGAGGUUAGAGGAGGAGAUGGAGAGAGAGAAGGAGGAAGAGGAGAAGAGGCGGCAGCGGGCUGCGGACGCAGCAAUCCGAGAUGCAGAGGAGAGGAAGAGAGUGGAGGAGGAGAGGAAGAGAAUGGAGGAGGAGAGGAGAAGGCAGGAAGAGGCGGACAGGAAGAGGCGCGAGGAGGACAGGAAGAGAGUGGAGGAGGAGAGGAAGGAGGAAGAGAGGAGGCGGCGGCGGCAGGAGGAGGAGGAGAGGAAGCUGAAGGAAGAAGCGAAGAGGAAGCUAGAGGAGGAGGAGAAGAGGAGAAGACAGGAGGAGGCGUUGCAGCAACCGAGUGCAGGGAAGACUAACAUCCAUGACAAACUGUCAGCCCUUCUCAGAGGACUAGAGGAGAGGAAAGGUGGUCUGCAGCCCCAGGCCAUGGAGCACAGGAAGUCUGCGGCGCUCACUUCCUUCCGGGCGCUCUACCCCUUCACCGCUCGCAACCAGGACGAACUCAGCUUCGAGGCCGAUGAGCUCAUCGAGGUGGAUGAGAGUACGGAGCGGGAGCAGGGUUGGCUGUAUGGCUGUCGGCAGGGGAAGAUGGGCUGGUUCCCAGAGAGCUACGUGGAGAGACAGGCCAAACCAGAGACACCUGCUGCUGCUGCUUUUAAUGCAACUCCAGCUGCCACUACCACUGCUGUUUAUGCUACUGUUGCUAAACAGGCCCCCAGACCACAACUAUCCACCCCCAAACACACAGGGAAACCCGGGGGAGACGCUACCAUGCCAACGGGACAGAACUCCGCCUUCACACCUACACACGCCCCUCACCACGCCCCCUUGGAUCCGAUACAGGUGGUGGGUAGCCUGCAGGCCCAGGCUCUGUGUUCGUGGACAGCUAAGACAGAGAGCCAUCUGAACUUCAGUAAGGAUGAUGUGAUCUGGGUGCUGGAGCAGCAGGACAGCUGGUGGCUGGGGGAGCUCAACGGGGUGCAAGGCUGGUUCCCCAAAACAUAUGUCACACUCCUGGGAGACAAUGAAGACACCACCAACUCAAUAAAUUCCCCUCCUGAUGGAUCUGAAGCCACAGAUGCUGCUCAACAGGAAGAGUACGUGGCGCUGUACACCUAUGAGAGCCCAGAGCCUGGCGACCUGACGUUUAGGGAGGGUGACGUCAUCCUGGUGACCCAGAGAGAGGGAGAGUGGUGGAGCGGAGGCAUCGGAGACAGCACCGGGGUGUUCCCUUCUAACUACGUCAAACCCAAAGAGACAGACACAUCCAGCAACUCUGGAAAGUCAGGUCAGCCUGGGAAGAAACCAGAGAUAGCCCAGGUGAGCACAACAUACACGGCCACGGGGACAGAGCAGCUCAGCCUGGCGCCAGGACAGCUCAUCCUCAUCCUCAGCAAGAACCCCACCGGCUGGUGGCUCGGAGAACUGCAGGCGCGGGGAAAGAAGCGUCAGAAGGGUUGGUUUCCUGCCUCGCACGUCAAAAUGCUGGGAUCCAACAGCGGAAAGUCCACGCCAGCACCUCUACCAGUGUGUCAGGUCAUUGCCAUGUACGACUAUAAGGCAGCCAACGAGGACGAGAUGAGCUUCUCCAAGGGUCAACUGAUCAGUGUGUUCGACAAGAACGACCCCGAUUGGUGGAAAGGGGAGGUCAACGGGGUCACCGGUCUGUUCCCAACCAAUUACGUCAAGAUGACCACUGCCGACACCGACCCCAGCCAGCAAUGGUGUGCUGACCUGAACAGUUUAGACUCUAUGAGUCCCCAGGAGAGGAAGAGACAGGGCUACAUCCACGAGCUCCUCCAGACAGAGGAGAGAUAUGUAGAGGACCUACAGAUAGUCCUGGAGGUGUUCCAUAAGCCCAUGUCUGAGUCGGGCCGUCUGACAGAGGCAGAGAUGGCCAUGAUCUUUGUCAACUGGAAGGAGCUCAUUGCCUGCAACACCAAACUGCUAAAGGCUCUGCGUGUGCGUAAGAAGACGGGGGGUGAGAACAUGCCCGUCCAGGUGAUCGGGGACAUCUUGGCGUCCGAGCUGGCUCACCUCCAGCCUUACAUCCGGUUCUGCUCCUGUCAACUCAACGGAGCUGCUCUGCUACAGAGUAGGACUGACAACCAACAGGACUUUAAAGACUUCCUCAAGAAAAUCGCCACAGACUACCGCUGUAAAGGCAUGCCCUUAUCCAGCUUCCUGCUGAAGCCCAUGCAGAGGAUCACACGCUACCCUCUACACAUCAAAAACAUCCUGGAGAGUACCCAGGAGGACCAUGCAGACCGCAGGCCUUUGAGAGAGGCUCUGGAGCGGGCUGAGGAGCUCUGUUCUCAGGUCAACGAGGGAGUCAGGGAGAAGGAGAAUUCCGACAGGCUGGAGUGGAUACAGUCACACGUACAGUGUGAGGGAGUCACAGAGAACUUGGUGUUUAACUCUCUGACUAACUGCCUGGGGCCUCGUAAGCUGCUCCACAGUGGGAAGGUGUAUAAGAUUAAGAGCAAUAAGGAGCUGUGGGCUUUCCUCUUUAACGACUUCCUGUUGCUCACCCACGCUGCCAAACAGUUCAGCUCCUCAGGACCAGACAAGCUCUUCAGCACCAAGAACAACACACAGCUCAAGAUGUAUAAACCGCCGGUGUUCCUCAACGAGGUUCUAGUGAAGUUGCCUGACCCCUCCAGUGAAGAGCCCUUCUUCCACAUCUCCCACAUCGACCGAGUCUACAGCCUCAAAACCGAGAACAUCAACGAGAGGACGGCCUGGGUGCAGAAGAUUAAAGCUGCCUCGGAGGACUUCUUAGAGACCGAUAAGAAAAAGAGAGAGAAGGCAUACCAAGCUCGUUCCCUGAAGGCCAGUGGAAUCGGCCGGCUGUUAGUCACCAUCCUGGAGGCCACUGAACUCAAGUCCUGCAAAUCCAACGGUAAGAGUAACCCUUACUGCGAGGUAACCAUGGGGGCUCAGAUCUACACCUCUAGGACCCUCAGUGACACGGGCAACCCCAAGUGGAACUUCAACUGUCAGUUCAACAUCAGAGAUUUGUACCAGGACGUCCUUUGUGUCACGAUCUUCGAGAGGGACCAGUUCUCCCCUGACGACUUCCUGGGUCGUACGGAGGUUCCCGUGGCGACCAUAAAGAAGGAGUUGGAGAACAAGGGUCCAGCAACGCGCCGUCUGCUCCUCCACGAGGUCCCCACUGGAGAGGUGUGGGUCCGCCUCGACCUGCAGCUCUUUCAAAACAGAGCAUCCAAAUAAGGACUUCUGGGCCAACACUGCAACUCUUCCAAACGAAGGAUGCCAAAAUAAGGACAUCCUGGUCUGCCGCCACACUUGCAGCCUUGGUAGAAAUUGUAUGUAACUGCUGGUCCAGGGUCUGAUACUGUUAAUCUUCCUAAUGGUUAAGUUUGGGGUUGCCGGUUCCUAGAUCUGUGGUUAAGCCAGGGCUAACUUUUACCUGGAGCUGCCAUUGGUAACACUAACCACAUGAUGAGCUAAUGGGAACCCUCCCCUCCCUCAUCUGAGGUCAGAAGUUCAGUCCUAAGCACUGAUCUGAAGACAGUUUUUAGCUUUUGAGGUUUGACUGGGUUGGGUUAGUGUAAAGCUGAUCCUAGAUCUGUGUUUAGGAGCAGCUUCUAGCAGUAGUGGUUCUACUUGAACCAGCACAACACUUAUGGCCUAUGCACUCCUCUGCUACUGACUCUCACUCUGCCAAGUGUGCUUGUUGUAAACUCAACCCAGGCCAAUGUUUGUUGAAGCUGUAUUUAUUUCAUUACAGAUAGUCUUUAACUCCACAGUAAAUAUUUGUUAAAGCUAAGAUUUUGUUUGGGAAAGUAAUGUGAGGUAAAAUGGAGAGCGGUUAGAAAAGUGCGGUCCUUCUUGCCACGAUAGUUUACCACUGGACAUGAGACUAAUCUCAGGAUUUAAGUCUUCUUCCUUUUACUGUCAGUCUAUAUAACUGUAUCAAAACCUGCCUCUUUUAUUUUUAUCUCGAUCUGUUUAUUUUUCUCUCUUAUUAGUGUAGUAACAUUAAAGAUACAUGUGCAGAGGAUCUUUAAGAUACUGUGGCGACACUAAGAUCUGAGUUUUGAAACGACCAGGUCUUUCUGACUCCCUUUAUGCUUGUUAUACUUCACAACAUACUUCUGCCAUGUGCUCCCUCUCCAAUAUAUGGGUGUUUCAAUGGAAUAGUUUAUUUUGUCUUUGAUCUAUUAUGAAUGUUGUGGAGGUCUUGUUCUUUAAUUGUGGUUUAGUUGCCUCAAAUCCUAAAAGGGAAAAGUCUCUUUUUGUUUCUUCCACUCCCGGGCCCAUAUUCACAGAGGUUCAGAGUAGGAGUGCAGACAUAGGAUCAGUUUUUCCUUUUAGAUCAUAAUGAAUAAGAUGAUAUGGAUAGAGGGGACCUGAUCCUAGAUUAGCAUUAGCCUGGUCCCAGAUCUGUUUUGUGCUUUUGCCUACUCCAUUGUUAUUGUCAAGCCAAACAUGCUCUGCAUGAUCAUUCGGUAAGGAGUAGGCAAGAGAGCAGAAACAGACCGGCACCCAGGCUAGAUCAGCACUCCUACUCUGAGAUACUCAGUGAAUAUGGGCCCAGAUGCCUCCAGUGGCUCUAUAACCAUUAGUGGUGUGGCUGCAGAUGACUGGUGAGCCGGAGCUUCUCUUAUUGAUUUUAAUUUAUGCAACUAUUAACUAUCCAGAGAAUUUGAUCAUCAAAGCAUUGUAUUCAGUGUCUGAAAAAGUCUUUCAGUAGCCUUUUCAUAUUUUACAAAGGAUUUCCGAGAAUAAUCUUUGAAGGAUAACAGCACAUUUGAACUACAUUAUGUAAGUCUUAAGUUUGUGUGACAGGAAGUGAUUAGCUGGACAGCCAAGUAAAGUACUGAUCUAUCAGUCUCUCGCUGCCUUUUCUCCUAAUUUUAUACUGAACAAAAAUGUAAACAAGCAAUUUCAGUGAUUUUUUUUACUGAGUUACAGUUCAUAAACGGAAAUCAGUCAAUUGAAAUCAAUUCUUUAGGCCCUAAUCCAUGGAUUUCACAUAUCUUGACAGGGGCACAGCCGUGUGUGGGCCUGGGAGGAAAUAGGCCCACCCACUGGGGAGCCAGGCCCAGCCAAUCAAAAUUAGAUUUCCCCCACUAAAGGGCUUUAUUACAGACAGAAAUACUCCUCAGUUUCAUCAGCUGUCUGGGUGGCUGGUCUCAGACGAUGCCACAGGUGAAGAAGCCGGAUAUGGAGGUGCUGGGCUGACGUGGUUACACGUGGACUGAGGCCGGUUGGACAUACUGCCAAAUUCUCAAGAUCUAAGUUGGAGGCGGUUUAUGGUAGAGAAAUUAACAUUAAAUUCUCUGACAACAGCUCUGGUGGACAUUCCUGCAGUCUGCAUGUGUGACAAAACUGCACAUUUUAGAGUGACCUUUUGUUGUCCCCAGCACAAGGUUCACCCGUGUAAUGAUCAUGCUGUUUAAUUAGCUUCUUGAUAUGCCACACCUGUCAGGUGGAUGGAUUAUCUUGGCAAAUGAGAAAUUCUCACUAACAGGGAUGUAAACAAAUGUGUGCACCACAUUUGAGAGAAAUAAGCUUUUUGUUCAUAUGGAACAUUUCUCGGAUCUUUUAUUUCAGCUCAUGAAACAUGGGACCAACACUUUACCUGUUGUGUUUAUAUUUUUGUUCAGUAUAAUUUGAGCUGCACAAGUCUUCUAUUGGGUUUUAUUAAUUUGAGGUUUAACUUUAAAUCAUGUUUUUUUUUGUGUCAAUGAUUCUAUGUAAUGAUUACAGUGCUAACAGUGUGGAUCCUACAUUGCUACCUAACAUGCGGUGUGUUCACAAUGGGCACAGCAUGGCACUCACUGAAUCAUGGCUCUUUUAAUGAUAAUAAAAGGUAUUGAAAACAAA